GCUAAAGUGCUGCGUAAGAGGUUCGCACUAGCUAGCUAAUAAAGAUGGACAAAUACAAACAUAAAAGUGGUGUUUUGAAGAGAAAGGAGAGAGUUUGUCGUGAAUCAAAAACUACCAAAAAUAGACAGUUUUUCGUGUCAACCUACUGCGCGUGACACCGAUGAGGUCCAGCCACAUGUACUUGCAACUGAGGACAAGACCGCUAUUUUUGAAGGGGCACAGAGGUUAGUGGAAAGAUACAGCGAAGACUUGUCGCCAGCCCUUCCAGGACAACUGAUCGCAUUCCGUGCAGCCUUUCAAACACAGUUCUGGGAUAACAACAGUUCAGGAUCUGGUAAAUUUUUUGAUUGUGGAGAACAACUCUAUCGCAUCCAGCUUCAGCGACAUCUGCACCUCAUUAGUUCUAUUUCUUUCCAUCCCCAGUUACUGUUGCUUCAGCAGAGCGCUCCUUUUCUAAACUGAAGCUAAUAAAAAAUUAUUUGCAGAGCACCAUGGCGCAGAACAGAUUGUCCGGACUUGCCAUUCCGAAACUGAACACCAAAGAUAUUGUGGAUCAAUUUGCCGAACGAAAGGCCUGGAGAGUGCAGCUAUGAGACACUUGGUUUGUGCAUGUCCAGAGAAGGUUGAAACGAACGGGGCGACAGACAGACAGGCUGAGCAGAACAGGCCAAAUGUUCACAGUGUAUCGGUUUCUCCAGCGGCUGAGUCUGUUACAGCUGACCCUCCUGUGGUUAAGCCUGUAGCUGCUGCCUCCUCCAUGCUGGAUCCCGUCAUGACCAAGGGCAAAAGGUCAGUGAAUAUUGACUUUAUAUUAUAGUGAAUAUUGAAUUUCCCUGACACUGAACAGUUUGUUCAUGAUGUUAAAAAGUUAAUGCGGUGUUUGUAAAAACUGAAAUUUAUUGUCUGAAGGCCAUAGUGACCAAAAUUAAAAAAACACUGAAGGUUGUUUAUAGACUGCUUAGCUCUGUUACACUUAACCAAAUGAUUAAUUGCACAGGGUACAGGGCACUUUUAAGAAGAGCAAUGUAAAGCCAUGUAGUGCAUACUGGCAUUUUAAUGCAACUCUUUUAGAUGAUGUUAAUUUUAGAGAAAGUUUUAUUUCCUUUUGGGAUACUUUUAGGCUCCAGAAGCCAGUUUUUACAUCACUGCAAGAUUGGUGGGAUGCGGCAAAAGUGCACAUUCAAAUAUUUUGUCAACAGUACGCUCAUAAUGUGACUAAGGACAUCACCAGAUCACUUAGAGCUCUAGAAAAACAUGCGUUGGGUGAGUUGUUGGACACAACAGUGCAGGGGACGCUGGUCCACUCGCACUUUAAAAGCGCAACAGAGAUGGAUGCGCCUUCCAAGUUCUUCUUUAUUCUUGAGAAAUAAAAUGGACAGAAAAGGUUUAUACAUGCUUUGCAAACAGAUUCAGGGGAGCUUGCAACUGAUCCUACUGAAAUUCGCAAGCAGACAGUCAGCUUCUACUCAAAGCUGUAUGAGAGUGAGCUCACAGCUGUGCCAGAGGUGGAGGAAGAUUUUGUCAGGAAUCUUCCUAAAAUAACUGAGGAGUCAGCUAGGGAGCUGUACAGGGAGCUGACCUUCAAGGAGUUGGAGGUUGCGCUCAACAGCAUGGAGAAUGGGCGGUCACCUGGCUUCAAUGGGUUUUCGGUUGAGUUUUUCAAGGCUUUCUGGUCAGUGAUAGGGCAGGACUUGCUGGAAGUGCUGAGGGCGAGCAUUCAUGAAGGCAGACUGCCUCUGAGUAGCCCCUGAAAGAAAGGCGAUCAGACUGACCUCAGGAACUGGCGCCCUGUCUCCUUACUCUGCACAGACUGUAAGGUGCUCUCAAAAGCAUUAGCAACAAAAAUAGGGAAGGUGAUGGAGCAAAUCAUCCACUUUGACCAGACGUAUUGUGUGCCUGGCAGGCCUAUCCGUGACGACAUACACUUAAUUCGCGACAUUUUGGAUGUCUCUAGGCUAUUGGGGCUGAAGUCUGGUCUUAUUUUUAUGGACCAAGAAAAGGCUUUCGACCGGGUUGAACACCAGUAUUUGUGGAGAGCGAUUUGGGUUCAACUCCGGGUUCAAGGCCAUGAUCCAGGUGCUGUAUAGUGACAUUGAGAGCGUGCUGAAAGUUAACGGUGGUUUAUCUGUACCUUUUAAAGUGCAUACGGGUAUUAGGCAAAGCUGCUCUCUGUCUGGCAUGUUGUACGCCUUAGCCAUAGAACCAUUGCUAUGUCAGAUAAUAAGCAAUAUUACUGGUCUGUCAAUACCAAGGUGUAAUACCCCAUACUGUGUUUCAGCUUAUGCCAAUGAUGUUGUUGUUAUGGUGACUGAACAAAGAGAUAUUGACAUUUUAUCUGACGUCAUAAGAAAGUUUAAUGUGAUAUCUUCUGCAAAAUAAACUGGAACAAAAGUGAAGCCAUUUUAGUUGGGGAUUGGAAAGGUGGGGAACCAUGUCUCCCAGAUAAUUUAACAUGGAAAACAGGUGGUUUUAAAUAUUUAUAUCCAGCAGGACUGUGGCAUUUCAUCUUUGUUAUGUGCGGAAGCUCCUCACUGGCCCAGAGAACCUCUCAUGGAGAGCAGCUGUGAAUGGAAUACUGCACACAGUGGGAGAAUGGGGUCUGGACAGGUCACUGUUUUUAAUGGACUCAAAGCAACUAAACCUAGCUGAAUAACCGGCUUUUUAUCAAGGAGUUUUUAACCACUUCAGAGUGCAGAGGGAGGACUGUUAGUCACUUAGCUGGCUUCUCAAAGAACCUCUCAUUCAUGGCGCUCGGCUGGAUGUCACAAGCAUGAUCUCUGCAGCCUUAACUAGAGCGUUGGUCUCCGCGAGGACUGUGACAUGUGGCAUGCAGCUCAGGAACUACUGCGCUGGGGUGGUCAGCUCUGAGGAGGGUGAGCCCAAUCCAGUCCUACCUAUUGUACCCAAUCUGUCUGAGGUCUCAGGUCCCCUUUUGGGAGAUGGGGAAGGAACAGCUAUUGGCCUUAACACAGCCUCGGGUAAGAGCCUCUACAAACUGUGUGUGAAAGUUUACGCCCUGGCGCAGUGUCCUUGGGCUGAAAGAUGAUGUAAAGCCAGAGUGGCGAACGUUCUACAAACCACCGUUAACGAAAAGAACAGGUGACCUGCAGUGGAGAAUACUACAUGGCACUGUCUCUGUAAACGCUUUUAUCUGUAUUUUAAACCCAGAGGUCACAUGAGUGUCCUUUUUGUUUACAGAGGGAGACAGUAUUUCAUGCUCUUAUGAACUGUUUUGGGCUUAGUCCACUUUUUAGAGUUUUAGCAAGUGUUUUUGAGUGUUUUAAUAUGUUUAUUUCCCCACAGGUUUCAGAAAAGAAAGGUUCAAGUGUCAGCUGGUCAAUUUUAUUCUGGGCCAGGCGAAACUGGCCAUCUACACCAGCAGAAGAAACAAAGUGACACAGAACACACAACAUGAUGUUACUGUAAUUUUACAAAGACUGGUCAAAUCAAGGGUCUUUGUUGAUUUUAGUUUCUAUAAAAGUAUGAAUGACCAUGAAAAGUUCCAGCUGAUGUGGUGUUAUGGGGGAGCCGUGUGCACUGUUUUAAAUGAUGAGCUGCUUUUUGCACCUGAGUUCAAAUGAACAAGUUUAACUUCCUGUCUAUUUUCUCUCUCUCUCUCUCUCUCUCUCUCUCUCUCUCUCCCUCUGUCCUCUCUCUGAAUUUCCAGGAGGACAUGCCAGGAGAGUUCACUUUAUGUGACAUUAACAGAUGAUGCAAGAUUUUAUGCAUUGUGGUGCUGCUACAUGAUUGGCUGAAUGGAUGACUUUAUAAAUGAGUACAUGUACAGGUGUUUCUAUUAAAUUCAACUAUAAUUGGAAAGUAAUUGUAGACACAAGCACACCUCCCCUUAGUGCCAGUCAGAUCACUUUUAUAGCACUGGUCUACUUCCUGCCCAGUUGUUUUCUUUACAUCAGCCAGACUGUCCCAAUGUAUCGCACUUAAACAAAUCACACAGAUUAGGCCCAAUGUUCCGUACAUGUGGUGUAUAGGCCAUGGGAAUAAGAUUACCACCCAUCUCUUACAGUAUAAUACUGGAUUGUAGGUCAGCAUGUAUUGAGACAAUAGUAAUAUCUAUUACUUUUACAUAAUCUAUUAGGGGAAACAUUUUGCUUGAAAAGUGUGCCUUUGGAAUCGUUCAUUAAAAUAAAUGCCACUUGGUUUGAAAUAUUAUUUUCUAAUGUUCUAAAAAAUACAUACAGCUGAAAGUGUGGCUUAAAUGUACACAAACAUUUUGAGGCUUUUGCAAGUUGUAGACUGUAGUGAUGUCAUUUGUCGUGAUGGCAACAAGAAUGUAGUGAUGUAAUACGUCGUGAUGGCAACAAGAAUGUAGUGUUCCGAAUUCUGUUCCGAAUUCUUUAAGCACGACACGUAGGAGAGAAGAGACACACUGCACAUCGAUCUGCUGUACACCGCGACUUUUUGCUAAACUUUAGUAUAAAAUCUGCGACUUUGCCUACUUCUUCUUCUACUUCUUCUUCUGCAGUUCACCUGUUUUUAGCUACCACAUUGUUGGGUAAGUAAAAACAUUUGAGGAAAAAAACUGUAUUUGUGCUUUAGAAGAAAUCUGCUUUCAGAAAUGUGUGUUAAGUGAAGAAAAUCUCAGCCUAAAUCCAAUGAUCAUUGAAAAACAGCUACAUUUCCAGUCCAUUUCUCCUGGCCUGCUUUUCAUUUCAGUCUGAUGUGGAUAUUUACAGAAGAGCAUGGGGGUCAUUUAGGGUUAUUGUACAUUUUGUGACCGAUGUUGACUCAAAUAAAACUGCCAGAAUGUCUGUCGUUGGAUCUUUUUCCAGUUUCUGUAUUUUACCAAACUAUAAGACUUUUUCUUUUCACUCCUCUACAUUAUGAAAAAUCUCCCGUUACUCGUAUUUAAAACCCAGUUGUCCAAUCACAGCCCAGAAAACCGAGCUGCAGCGCGCGCAUGAUUUUUGAACCAACGUAUCUUUUACAUUUCAUUAAAAAUGCAGCGCGCGCACACGUUUCCCUAGAGCAUUAACACUGCAGUGUCCGAGCCUGAAAUACUGUAGCCUACGAUGGAGGAAAACCCUGACCACAUCCCUCUACCCGCACACCCAUGACCAGUGGUCUGACCUGCGGGGUUUGUUUUAAGUAGCUACUCGCUCUGCCUCACUAACACACGAUUUCUUCUUACAAGAAUUAAACAUCAUACUUGAGGAAACAUGUAGAGGUCAGCACGUCCUGGGGUCAUCAUAAUGACCAUUUUCUUUCAUAUCAAUCUAAUGUUGGAUCGGUAGAAUGAAGGAUCUAACACACGAAGAAUGAUUUUUUAUUGUGUAGGGGAAUAAAUCUGUCCUUAUGUUAAAUAGGUCCUGCAUGGCUAGUUAGGCUUUAGUUAGCUAAGUAAGCUAACGUAAUGAGUAACUCUGGAGCAGCAGUCUAUAUUAACAUUACUGAUGUUAUACAGCAACACAAUAACACAACGUUUAUUCUUCAUAUUCACCAAGUAACAUUUCUUCUUCAUAGCUUCUUUCUUUUAAUGUAAAGCAGAAUAAGAUUACUGCACAAAUACCCCAAUUGUCCAUCACACACCAAAGCAUUAGUUACUAAAUACUGAAAUAUUGACUAGUGCUGAAUCUGAACUUUUUUCCUUCUGAAUCUGUAGAGAAGUUUCUGUCAAUCUGCUUAGAUCCUCUCUGGUCAUUUCUUUAAAACUUGUUUAUUCCCAGGACACAGGCGUGUCCAGCACACUUUAGUUUUUCUGUAUGAGUUACCAAGUCAGACUGUCCUGCUAUAGUACUUAAUAUUUUCUUCUGCUGUCAUGUAUAUGUUUUUAUUUUUAAGCAUUUUAUAUAGGAAACAUUUCACAGACCCGGUCAUUAUGUAAUGGUCCUUUUUCUUGUGUAGUGUCCAUGCACAAAUGCCUGUGCCCUGUAAACACUGACACACACACAUUUCAACAUCUGCGUGGUAAAGUGUUUUAUCAGGUUUCAGUUUGUUGUAAAGUCCUGCUAUUUUCCAGCCCCCAUGUUCCCCUUGUGUGCCUUGACUACUCAGAAUAACGUUAAUUGACACCUGUACCAUGUUCACGUCUAAGACCUGGUAUUAACAGGCAUAUGUGAGUAGAGUCUUCUCACAUAAAAUGAAUAGUUAAUUAAAUAAUGUGAUACAGUAGUAGGAAAAUAGCCAUCUGGAUAAAUAAAUGUGAUUUUACAAUCAGAUAUUCCAGAUAUUUUAAACCAUGUAGCCUGUAGUAGGUGAACUCUUAGUUAUUCCAUGCCCACAAGACCGGACAGUGAGAGGAUUUCUUAGGAACCUAGGUUAUACAGAUUUGUAAGAAUAAUUCACUUGCACAUAAAACAGCAGCUGUACUGUCUGUGUGAUGUUUUAUUUUAGCUUCAUAUAUAAUUAGUAGAAUAAGUAAAAACCAAUGAAUUCUUCUUCCUUUCUUUUUAUUUAUGGAACUCCAAAUGAUCCUGUAGAAGAACUAAAGAGCAGCCAUGAGCGACAAGCAACACAACUGCCGUAAGACUUCCACAUGGUCUAAGAAAAAUCAGCCAGACAACGGCCAGAGUCAGGACGUGAAGCCAAAGAGAGUGCGACUCAACCGAAGCCAUCUAUUUCCCCAAGCCAGAAGUCAACUUUCUGAUGUGGGGAAGGAGACCAACAAGACAGAGUCCCCUGCUUCUGAGGAAGCAAAGGAGAUUCCAUCAGCUUCUGUUGUGAGUCCUACACUGAUGAUGGAGAGCUCAGGGAGUGUCUGCUCAGGUGAUGCUGAGCAACCUCCCUGCAGUAGUGUGGAAUUGGUGGAUUCCAGUUUUGAGCCUCAAGUGCCCCAGUCCAAUGAAGAGCGCACUGAUCUCCUACAGAAAGAGUCUCCUGCUUCUGAGGAAGUGCAGGACAUUCCAUCAUCUUCUUGUGUGAGUCCUGCACUGAUGAUGGAGAUCACAGGGAGUGUCUGCUCAGGUGAUGCUGAGCAGCCUCCCUGCAGUAGUGUGGAGUUGGUGGAUUCCAUCUGUGAACAUGAAGUGCCCCAGUCCAGUGGAGAGUGCACUGUUCUCCCAGAGGAAGAGUCUCCUGCUUCUGAGGAAGUGCAGGACAUUCCAUCAUCUGAUGUAAAUACUGGACUGAUGAUGGAGAUCACAGGGAGUGUCUGCUCAGGUGAUGCUGAGCUGCCUCCCUGCAGUAGUGUGGAGUUGGUGGAUUCAAGCUUUGAGUCUGAAGUGCCCCAGUCCAGUGAAGAAUGCAAGAAACAAGAAACACCUUCUGAUUUAAGGCCGGGACUGAAAAGAAAACAUUCAGGGAGUGAUGCUGAGCAACCUCCCUGCAAACGUUUCAAGAAAGAAGAGAAGCCGCAGUCCUGCACUGUUCUCCCAGUCGACGAUGAUGAGAUGGAGUUAUUCGUCAAAGCCCUGGAGGAGCUGAGGCUGGACGACAGUGUGGAGACCCAUUUGGAAACAGCUGAAGAACUGGAAGAAAUUACAACACCUGAUUUGAGACCUGGAGUGAAGAGGAAACACUCAGGGAGUGAUGCUGAGCAACCUCCCUGCAAACGUUUUAAGAAAGAAGAGAAGCCGCAGUCCUGCACUGUUCUCCCAGCCAACGGGUCUCCUGCUUCUGGAGAGAUGACACAAACUCCAUCAGUUAAAUCAAGAUCUGAGAGGAAAAAAAGGGCUCCACUGAAUGUCUUCUCGAGUUUUGAACCUCCCUGCAAUCGUGCUAAGCUUCACCAUGGUUAGCACCGGGGGGACAACAUCCCACCAUUUUCCAGACUCCUGGACCGUCUGUC